AUGACGCCCCCCACGCUGCGCUGGGGCAUCCUCGGCACCAGCUUCAUCAGCGAUGUCGUCGCCCGCGCCGUCGCCGCCAGCCCCGGCUCCCGCAUCCAGGCCGUCUUCGGUCGCGACCCCUCGCGCCUCGCCGCCUUCGCCGCGCGACACUCCGUCCCCACGCAGCACGCCUCCGUCGCCGCGCUCCUCGCCGACCCGUCCGUCGACGUCAUCUACGUCGGGCUGCCGAGCCACGCGCACGCCUCGGCCGUCGCGCUCGCCGUGCGCGCCGGCAAGAAGGCCGUGCUGUCUGAGAAGGCGCUCGCCACCACGCUCGCCGACGCGCGCGCCAUGACGGCCUCCGCGCGCGCCGCCGGCGACGUCUUCCUCCUCGAGGGCCUCAUGUACCUGUCGCACCCGGUCAUGGACGCGCUGGUGACGGUGCUCGCGGAGGGCCGCCUGGGCCGCGUCCGGGCCGUGUCCGGGUACUACGCGGCGGACAUCGCGGCCAAGGCGAACCCGCGGGGGCGCGGCACCAUCUACAACCUGGGCUGCUACCCGGUGUCGCUGCUGCACCUGGUGCUGGAGUCGGCGUUUGGCGGGCCGGCGGCGUGGACCGGCCGGCGCACGGUGCUCGGCCACGGCGCGCUGGCCACCUCGGAGGACGGCGUGACGUACGCGCGGGACGCCGCGCUGACCGUGUCCUUCCACGAGGUCGGCGUGCUGGCCACGAUCCAGUCCUCAGAUUCCUUCGGCAACGACUUUGGCUUCACGAUCCAGGGCGACCGCGCGUCGCUCACCUUCGUGACCAACCCGUGGCUGCCGCCGACCGGCGACAGCGUCUUCCGCAUCAAGACGUACAAGGGCGGCGCCGUCGAGACGGUCACCGUGUCGGGCGGCGGCAUGGACGCGUUCGGGCACCAGGUCAAGAGGGUCGAGGACUGCGUCGCGGCCGGCCUGACGGAGGCCCCGCGGCCGUCGCCAAGCUGGGACAACUCGGUCGAGAUCAUGGGCUUGCUGACUGAGUGGGAGGAGGACAUUUUUGCGCGGCACGGUGAAAAGAUUCAAGUACAUAGUGCAGGACUUGAAUGA